UCCGUUGUUUCCCCUUCCGUUCUGGUGUCUGGGUUGGUGGAAUUUGCUAUGUUAAUUCCUUCCGUUCUGGUGUCUGGGUUGGUGGAAUUUGCUAUGUUAAUUCGCCCCUCACUGUUGUGGCAUCAAGGAAUAGAAAAUCCCCCUUGGCGCUCCGAAAGGAAGAGGUUCCGUGCGUAUCUUUCCUCCUCUUCCUAGUGGCUGCUGCUGUUAGAAGCUCACGCCCUUGGUGACCGGCAAACCAAUCCCCUGUUUGAUAAAUAGGGCAGCCGCCAUUUGUAUCUCUUUUUAGGGUGAAGGGAUUUACUCCUUUAUUGCUUCAACCAGUCGUGGAACUGGAAAGCGGAACAACUAGUUGUAGGCAAGAAUGUUGAUGCCAUGCAAACAAAAAAAAAAAAUGUUGCGGAAUAAAUCCAUGUAACUGAAAAAGAGGAUAUCAACAUCGACGAUGGCAGUCUACUCUUCAUGGUCAAUGGCUCCAGGGACCGGAGAGGAACAUGUAUGGUGGACCUGACUGGAACUUGUCUUGAUCUGAUCACGAACAUGAUAUGUUUUGUGACGAAGCCUCUCUCAUUGGUCCAAGUUGUUUUACUGCUUGGUGUGAGGAGCGUCUUUUUUGUUACCCUUGCAUGGUGGCGGCUGGUGAAUUUGAUCAUCGGUGUCCAUGUUAAUUUGUGCUGGCAGAUCAUGGUUUGCUCAGUUGCUUUCUUGACCCUUCCCAUCCGGAUAUUGACUGCUCUAGAAAGGGAGAGGAAGCUAGAGAGGCUUCUUAGUGAGAUGCAAAUUCAGUUGGAGAGCUUAAUCUGGGAAAACAAGGAACUUGAAGAACGACUGCAAAUGGCUGUCAAAGACCGAAGGGUCAUAGGGACAUUGCUUCAGGAGAUUGAAGAGGAGAAUGAAAAGGCUUUUGCUAGAAUUGAUCUACUAGAGAAUGAGUUGCAGGAUCUUAAAGAAGAGAAUAUGCAACUGAAUGAAUCUCAGGGGAAGACCUUAUGGAGUUGCAAAAGUUGUGAUGACAAGGAUGGGAAUGUACAUGAUGGCAUGCCGCUCGGCACUCGCUAUGGUGUUCCCUCAUGGAGUCCCAGUUACAAUGAGAGUGGGAUGAAUCCUCAGCUGCACGGGGACUCAUGGUGGGCUGGUAAAGAAGGCAAGCCCUGGCAGCAGGACCUCUUCAGAGUUUGUGGUUCAUGCUCUUUGCCACACCAAGUUGCUUCAAGCAAUACAAUGAUGGAUGAGUCACUGGAGCGACAAAGGGUUGUGGCACUUUACCGGAGUCUAUUCAGUGCAAUCUUAUCACUUCUUGUUGGCAUGAUCAUCUGGGAAGCUGAAGACCCAUGCCUGCCCCUGGUAGCAGCACUAUUUACAGUGGUAGGGAUGUCCCUGAAUAGUGUGGUCCGGUUCUUCUCAACUAUUAAGAACAAGCCAGCUUCUGAUGCUGUGGCUUUACUGAGUUUAAACUGGUUCAUACUUGGUGCUCUCACCUACCCAACUUUGCCCAGUGUUGCUCGUAUGCUGGCACCGCAGGCUAUCAAGUUUGCAGACCAGGUGGUUAGCUGGCUUGGCUAUUCCAGCUAGCCUGAUAGCGAGCUGACUUGCAGCUGUGGAUGUGCGGAUCUUGGCUUUCCCAUCAGGCACCAAGAGACCUAUUUUCGUCCUUCCAGAUUGUAAGCUGUAAAUUAGCAAGUUUAUCUUUUUAGAGUUUGAGUACAGAAAAACCAUACCAAACUCUUGAAAGUUUAGCUGCUGUAUAAAAAUAGAUGUUGAGGUUUAGUUUGGGUUUUCUUGGCAUUUUGUGUAGCUUCUGAGUAGCCGUACUUUUUGCCAUCUUUGCUCUC